AGUGAACUUAUCUGGGCAGCUAUUCUUUUGCAGAUACUCACGACUUCCUGGCACAUUUAUCGACGCCUAUAUAUCUAUAUUGAUUGGUUACUGAUAAGUCGUGAUCCGGCCAUUUCGACUUUUUGUCCUCCUAGAAAAGCAAGCCAUCCAGAUGCGCUUCUGAUCUCUCUCCGCCACAUCUCUUAACUCGCGAUCUCAUCCAGACGGGCUUGACGCCGCAAAUGACGGACUCAGCGCCCGAGACCAAACGACUUCACAUCACUCCUUUUAACCCAGAACUUCUCCCUUCCGUCCUGCCACCGACUAUUCGGCUUCUAGCCACGGAGAUCUCCUUCCAUUGUGUUCCAACUUUUCCCGAGAACAAUUACGGUUACGUGACGCUGCCGACGAUGGAGGCGGAAAAGAUCAAGAAGAAACUUAAUGGCUCAAUCUUAAAAGGUCGCAAAUUCAAGGUGGACACGGCUCGUCCCUUAAAACGGCAACGGACUGAUGAUGAAACGGUCGACAAACCCGCUGCAAAUCCUUCUUCGGAUAAGAAGGCUAAGAAGCGAAGGGCAGCGGAAGAAAUACUGGAAGGAUUUGAAAUUCCAGCUGAUCGUAAGGUCAAGCGAGGCUGGACGGAGUCGGCAGACGCCAAGCAGGACAGGCGAAAGGAAGAGAAGAGGCAUAAGAAGACGAAAGAUGGGAAGAAUGAGAAGUCGGCCAAAACACAGGCGAGAUCCAAGUAUACCGAGAAGGAAGAGUGCCUAUUUCGUACCAAACUUCCCCUUAAUCGGGUGCCUUCCGCUGACGAGAAGCAAGAGAAGCAGUCCAAGAAAAAACAAGCUGCGCAUGAGACAAUUGUCCAUGAAUUCUCUAAAACGGUCAAGCACCCCAGCUUUUUGCGGUCUGGACGUGAUGAUUCAGUGGACAGUAUGACAUUCGUUGAUGGCAAGGGUUGGAUGGAUAGAACUGGAAAUGUGAAAGAGCCUGUCAGUGAUCGGAUAAGGACAGACCAGUAUAGACCAGGGUGCGUUCCAGGGGCCAAGGAGAAGCCACGAUUUUUUGAAAAGAACAUAUCCUCAAUUGCUCGCAAGCCCACGGCCGAAGACGUAAGCAACACGGAUGAAGCAAGUUCGACUAACGAGUCAGAAGAUUGGACUUCCUCCAGCGGUGCAAGCUCGUCCGAAGAAGAUUCCUCGUCUGACGGGAAUCCUGAAGAAUCAGAGAGCGAUGACUCUAGCUCAUCCCGGUCUUCUGGUCAACCAGAAGAAUCAAACUUCGAUGAAGAGCAAGAGUCAUUGUCAGGAAAGCAAGGGGGAACGAAAGCGACUGUGGCAGCGUCACACUCGCCAGAUCAUCAACGUCUUCCGUCAUUUGAGAAGUAUCAGGCAGCGCUCGGCCCAGAAGUCCAUCCGUUAGAGGCUUUAUUCAAAAGGCCCGCGCCUGACGCAUGCAACGAAGACUCUAAAUCGGAGGAGAGACCUCAGUUCAGCUUUUUUGGAGGACAAAACGACAUUGACAUGGAAGAAGAGACGGAAGGUCAAUCCACCGCACCACUCACGCCUUUCACAAAGAGGGAUUUACGGGAUCGGGAGUUAAGAAGCGCGGCUCCAACACCUGAUACGGGGGUAGUUGUUCGAACUAUCGAUUGGAAUAAGCAGGGCCAACAUCAAUCUUUGAACAUAGAUGAAGAUGAGUACGCGACCACUCCCAUCUCAAAGGCUGCCUUCGGGUCCAAAGAGGACUCUGAUUUCGUUAAAUGGUUCUGGGAAAACCGAGGAGACAAUAACCGUGCUUGGAAGAGGAGACGUCGCGAAGCUGCCAAAGAGCAGCGACAGCGUGAGAAUCGGAGCAAGGGCAUGAAAGGCAAAUCUUAGAAUUUUCGCACUUCAACUAGGUAUUAAUUGAGGUCUGACCC